AUGAGCGGCUUAGAUCCCCAUCUGGGCAAUAGUGAUCCAUUUCAGGCUUAUCAUCGCCGAGGCCAUGAUCUCUAUGGCCAACACAAGUACGCCGAAGCGGAGAAAGCAUAUCGAGAGGCCUUCAAGGGCCGCAGAGAGACUUUUGGUGCAAGUCAUCCAAAAACACUAAGCUCUCUUUGUUGGCUAGGCGACACUCUAUCCAAACGGCAAAAGUAUGACAAAGCGGAGCAAGCAUAUCGAGAGGCCUUGAAAGUCCAAAGAGAGACCCUUGGAAGAACGCACCAAGAGACGCUUAUGUCUUUACACUGCCUAGGAACUGUUCUCUAUCGGCAAGGACAGAAUCACGAAGCAGAAAGAGCAUUUCGGCAUGCCUAUGAGGGCCGUAGAGACACUCUUGGUGCAAAUCAUGAAAAAACACUCAAGUCUCUCGGUUACCUUGGCGACGCUCACUUCCAACAACGAAACGACUACAAAGCGGAGAAAGCAUAUCGAAGGGUCUUUGAGGGUCGCAGAGACACUCUUGGUGAAGAUCAUCCAAAAACACAGCAGUGUCUACGCAAGCUACGUGAUAGAUAUCCUACUACUUUUCGACAAAGAUAG